CGGCGGGCAAGUUCUCCUGGCCACCGUAGAAAACAAGAAUUUCGAAAAAUCUAUGAUUUCCAUCACAAAAUCACAUCCAUUUUUGUCGUCGAGCAAAUUUUACCGCACACGGAACAGAAAAGAAACAACGAUAAGGCCACAGAUUACAAUUACCAAUAUCAUAUUCCUAUCUACCGUACGCARCACAACACAAAGAGAAAAAUGACGACCUGUUGCAAUAAAUUCACAAGAAUGUGUACCAUUUUUACACGAGUGGUGGCCAUUGCGUACGCCACGUUAGCUGCUUUCACUUUCCUGGAAGCCCGGGAUUUGGCACAGUCGGACGGUUACCAAUACGACUCAGACACAGGCAUCGUGUAUGUUCCGCUUUUGCUCUGUGCUCCACCAAGUGUUGAGAAUGACGGUUCGUCCCURAUUAUUUCAUCCGAUAGCAAUUGUCGCGACAUGAAUUACCUCGUCAGUGCACCCUUCGUCUGCUCUGCAUGCUCAGCCUUGGCAUGUGUAUUUUUUGUGAUCAUGGAUAUUCUAGCCCGUUUCGGAAAGGGUCCUUUUAGCAUGUCGGCAGUUGCAGGGAUGGGUCUUUACUUGGUAGUWAUUUUGGUCCAGUCUGGAAUCAGUACGGGAGCACUGGUUGAGCAAAAUAUWUAUUGGGUGAAUUACAUGCAAGAAUAUCUCGACGAGCAAGAUUUCGACGGGACAGCAAAGUCCUACGCAAACACGCAUAUUCUAGUUAGCUCAACUGGUUGUGCCUUUGCGGCUGCAUUCUUGAUUUUGAUGGAUGCGAUUUUGUAUCGAUGGAAUGAAAAGAGGCAAGCUGCUAUCGAAGAUCAAAGAAUUGUAGAUUUUGUGCGGGCGUCCCAGGCCAAGACGGAACUUAGAGAUGAUGCUAGCAUUGAUCACGACAUCAAACAGUCAACAACAGUUGAUACGCUGAUUGAUACCAUCGAAAGUGGMAAAUGUGCUCCUCCCGAUGCCAGCGAAACAACAGGAAUACCUCCAUGGGUCUCGCCGUACAAACAAUAGUACACGARAGACUCGACCAAAAUCAAAGCAAGCCUGCAAAAGUAAUGUAUAUUAACAAAAAAAUCAUUGUAUCACCUUCAUUAGAUUUCUAGCUUGAUUUCAAAAAUUGGAUGCAAAAAUAUGCGUCACUGAUCUGAUCCACUGACUWAAUAAAUACAAGCUUCGGCACGAUGGAAAUUCGAAGCAUGUCAGCAUUUUCCAUCGCAUUUGGAUCCACGGUGUUGCUGGCUGUGAAUAAUGAUUAUGCUCCUUCGUCAAACUGGAAAACAUGACAAAAUUAUUCGUUCCUGUCACAUUURUCCGAAUCAGGGUAUAGGCUUGAUUACUCAACGAUAAUUACCACCGAAACAAGCUGAGAAACGAGCGCCGUAAUCGCCUUCCUGUUCUAAUCCCGCUCUUUCAUCGAGAUAACUCAUAUUUUGUAGSUUUGUGUGCCGGCCUAGRUCAAAUUUAAGUUGAUCAAAUUCUAGUCGAUCAAUCGUUUAGCAAUCCAUGGAAGAUGCUUUCCGUUCGAUUCCAUUCAAAACCCAUAUGUUGCACCAUUGACUUGUUCCUUGGUUCGCCAAGAACCAAAGAAACCCCAUCCAAUGUUCAGCGCACAAAUAGCCAAUUCAAACAACAUAGAUGAUUCUGUGGGCCCCUCGUAUGAGUCUCCCAAGAGGGCAUCGAGGGGAGGUUCAAAUCCAAUAACGUAGCGAAGGACUAGCGUGGAGACCAGAGUCAGAGCAGCAACAAGCGCAGGAAUGCGCGGAUUGCAUGGUAGAAGUCCCUCUUGAGUAGCCCCCGCCGCAAGCGACGAAACGACAAAGAAGCUUCCAAGAAAGAGACCAUCCUGUGCAGCGAAGAAUCCCACCAGGUACAUGUAUCCAUACAAGUGGCUGAUGACCUCAUCGUUGUAGAAAAAAUUUCCCUGGUUGGGUUUGUUGUCGCGGGGCGUCGAGAGCAUUGCGAAGGCGACGUUGUUAUUUUCGUCGAUGUUGGCGUCAUCGAAGUCGUCGUCAAUCUUCCUCCCCCGAAGUGCGGCAUUGCGCACUUGCGAUGYCGUGGAMGAUGGCAGUGAAUUCGGAGUGGAUGAACAUUUCCCGGAUAAUUUGAAUUGUCCUGGAAAGGAAGAUAGCGAUAGCCUUUCCAAAUGCGGGUUGCUCGAACGAACGAAGGCUUUGCUGCUGUGUGGCAAGCAUGAAAUGCCGAGAAGAAUUGGAAAAAGAACAACACUAACGAUAUCUGUUCUCAUGGUUGGUAGUUGAUUCUUCUUUGUUUCUUCCUUUGAUAGGUCGGAUUCGAUUUCACUAUGCUUUCUGCGGUUAUAUCGUGAGAUGGUGGUAUCCGAGGUGUUUUGUUCUGUACAGAUGCUUGCUGCCAACAUCGACUGAAAAAGUGUAGAAACAAUAGAGAAGAUUGGAGUUG